AAGGACUUCAUCACAUAGGGACACAUGUGUGUCUACGUAGAGGAGCGAAAGAAAUUUUUAUAGUAACUUUAGGCAGUAUUUUUGUACAGAAACCGUAAUAAGACAGCUCAAAGCUCCAUCUGUUACCAGAAUCGACCACUGCGAGAGUGUAUAGCAGCUUUGGGUUAGAACUAUUGAGAUGUUCGCGUUUGAUAGCUCACUUUCGCGUUCUAUAAAUUGAUGCUCACAAUGAUAGAUAUCUUAUCCUGGGACACCCUGUACACCCAUGUUGAAGACGUGAGCCACACUUCUAGACCCUGCAACUGGCAAUAUACCCUGGAAAUUAAUAAAGUAAGAUAAGUUGCCUAUAGGUUCAGUUCACCCUUUUUUUGAGGUUAUGCCCAGAUUGUCCAGACGUAAAAUCAGUGUAUUGUAUAUGUUUUGUGCGUAAUGCUGUACCAAUGUGUAAUACAAAAAGCAUGUUUAUAAAUUAAACUUCAAAUAUUCAAGCUGUUCACAUAUCAAUUUAACCAUCAGAAACUUCUAGUAAACAGUCUAUGCUAUAGCGUCCGUAUAUUUUAAGAAUUUCUGGUUAAAGGGAUAAGACCCACAAUUAUUGCAAGUGCUGUAUAUUUAUUGUUAUCUAUGAACAGAUAAAAACAAAAAUGCUAAACAAACUCGCCAACAGUCUGCCCAAACCCAUUGUUAUUGGGUCUGCAGUGGCCUGCACGUACGGCAUAGCUUGUCUUGUAAAAGAAAUGAUAGGUGGCUCCAAAUAUGAGGGAGACAAAAAAAGUGGUGAGGGCAAAGUGGCUAUUGUUACAGGGGCCAACACUGGCAUUGGUAAAGAAACAACUUGGGAAUUGGCUCGAAGAGGGGCCAAGGUGUAUAUGGCAUGUAGGGAUUUGACUCGAUGUGAAACUGCUAGGGAAGAGAUAGUAUUGGACACAAAGAACAAAUAUGUGUACUGUAGAAAAUGUGAUCUUUCAUCACUAGAAUCUGUAAGAGAGUUUGUAAAGAAGUUUAAAGAUCAAGAGAAGAGAUUGGACAUUCUAAUAAAUAAUGCUGGAGUCAUGAAUACUCCACAUGAGAAGACCAAGGAGGGAUUUGAAUUACAAUUAGGCGUGAAUCAUAUGGGACAUUUUCUUUUAACUAAUUUAUUAUUGGAUAUUUUAAAGGCUUCAGCACCAAGUAGGAUAAUAAUUGUGUCAAGUAUGGCACAUAGAAGAGGAAAAAUUAAUAAGAAUGACCUAAAUAGUGAUCAAAAUUAUAAUGCAUUUGAGGCAUAUGCUCAAAGCAAACUGGCAAAUAUUCUGUUCACCAAGGAACUUGCAAAAAAGCUUGAAGGGACUGAUGUGAUAGUGAAUGCAGUACAUCCAGGUGUAGUGGACACAGAAUUAUGGAGACACAUGAGUUUUUACAAAAGCUGGAUAUCGAUGAUUUUUUUGAGACCUUUCGUUUGGCCUUUUGUGAAAAAUGCAAGACAAGGUGCUCAACCAGUAAUUCACUUAGCUCUGGAUGAGAGGAUUCAAAAUGUUACAGGAAAAUACUACAGCGGGAAUAAAGAGGCAGAUGUAAGUGAAGCUGGGCAAGAUGAUGAAACUGCAAAAUGGUUAUGGGCAGUCAGCCAGAAAUGGACGAGGCUAGAAAACACCAUAUAAAGAUAAUAUUUUUGAAAGAUUCGAUGAGACGAUUAUUAAAUAUUUUUGCUUACAUAAUUUGACCUUCUUAAUAACAACCACAUAAACAAUGCUUUAAAAUGAAUUAUGACUGAAAUACUCCUCAGGGUCUUGCAGGGGAAGGUUUGAACUUUAAUUUAGGUUCUCAAAAAUGAUGAUUUUCACACGAAUUUUCAAGCAUUGAAGAUUUUCAUUUUUAGCGUUUUUUUAAUGAUGUAGCCUACCUGAUGAUAGCCAACCUGAUACUACAUUCCCACAUGCAAUACCAUUGUUAGAGGUACUGUAGCAUUAUCUAUGAGGAUUUGUCAGAGUUCCUAAUUAGAAAUCUUCUUUUAGAAGACGGCGUUGUAGCUAACUAUAUUAGAGUAUAGCAUAUAUUUAGUUACAACGCUAUCUAUGAGACACUAACCUUUUCAAAGUAGAUUUCUACUUAGUGCAGAGAGGGAAACAUAGCUGUGGCAAAUUCUCAUAUAUGACGUUACAGUAUUUCGUUUCAUCUCGGAUAAUUCUUUGGACGCGGGUAUAUAGUAUUAGGUCGGCUGCCUUCGGGUAAAAUAGGUUAACCUACAAUAAGGAUCUUUUCUGGUCAGAAAGAUCCAAAAAACUUUUAAAAAAGUUAUUCGGAGCGAAAAAACAAUGUUUUGCAGUUCUUGAUUCAUGUUAGGCACCAUCCAGCAAACGUGAUUAUGAAAAACACUCAAGUCUGAGUAGUAGUAGAUUUUUUCCAGCUAUCAUGCUAAAGAUAUAUAUUUUUGGAAACUCCUAUUUUAAAGGCGAAACUAUCAAUCUUGUUAUAUCCAAAUGGUAAUGAAGGAAUGAUUUAUGAAAUUAUAGGCAUACUGGCCACCGUGAGGAGCCGGCGCAUAUCCCACUUAAACAGACCCUUAUGCACCCCUACAUUCCCUAAACCUCAAGCCCCGCCUUUCUAGCAAAGUUGAGUAUACCCUUCAAUCCCAGCUACUUAACGUUUUGCGGAUCCAAAGUGAUGAACCCCAGUAUAGUCUGCCUGUAGUAGCUCAGAGCCUGUGCCGAGGUUUCGCCCUCUACCCCGCAGCGCUCACACAAGGGAUCCUCAGUCACCCUCAUCACAUGCAGGUGGUGCCUCACCCAGUUAUGACCAGACAACAAUCCCAGCAGCAACCUUAGACGGAGAUCUCUAGAGAUGCUUCUCCAUUUCUGAGAGUGUUGUCUUGCAAUCUACUUCUCCUCCUAACUCUUUGCGCGGGCAGCCCUAAGGCAAGUUUUUCCCUGUGCCUUUAAUAAAUUUUGCUUCAUUAUCCUUCUAAUUUAAGAACUUAAUCGGUGAAUCCAGAGUAUUUGGGGUUUUAGUGUCAACUAAGAAAAAUAUGUCACAAAACAUACAUAUUUGACAGGUUGAGGCAAUAUUUUGAUUUUGACAGCUUUUAUACCUACCAGAGGAAACUGUGUCGCUAGGGGGGUGAUAUUUAAACUACGAAAAAUAUAAUUAAAACAAGAUAUGAAUACAAUUAGCUAAAUAAAUUCAAAAGUGCUUUAUUGGAAAUAACAAGUCUUCAAUUUCAUCGGUCUUGAAAUAAGAGAAACUGUAUGGAUAUAUUGAGAUCUCACAGACCCUUAGAGUAACGUUUGUGUUUGGGAGCUAGAAACGUCUUCGAUAGCAGUUCGCAACUUGUUUCAUCUUAUAUUCGAAAUAAAGCAUGAUAUUUUAUACUAUUUGGAUGGUUUAUCUCCAUAUUUGUUGAUUUGCAUAAGAUUUUUUUUGCAGAAAAUUGAAAUCCCAAAUAUAUGUAUAUUUACCCUAAUGGAAAUUUUUUGCCCUAAUCCACCUUAUAGUGAUUGUGCCCCUCGUGGUAUCUCCACCUUACCGUGGUGGGGGGCCAUCCCAUUCCAUGGGGCAAAGAGUGAUACCCCACCUAAAGCUACGGUGUGAGGCAUCGUGCCUAGGGCUGCAUGGCACCAAGGUGGUGAAAAAAACGGUGUCUCGAACGAUCCCCUUGGGGCACCAGGUCGCACCCCAUUGUAUUUAGGCCUUUCGUCUACGUGGGGCUCCGUGGAUGGCGACAGUUAUUUCCCCAAUACUCGUGGGAACAACAUGGCAGAAUUUUCUAUACAUAAUCCAAAUAAAUACAAUCAUCGGCGAUUGAAGUGCAGAGAUCAUCUAAAUAGACGUCAAGGUCCGAGAAAAAUUGCGUAUGAGGAGGCUCAGGAACAUUUGAGGGAGGAGAGGGAAGAAUUCAAGAGAUUGUUUGGGGAUGAAUAUAAUAGAGGAGUGCGGAAAAGAAGGCUUGAGGAUGAUGAAGAUCAGCCGAGGGGAGAUCUACGAGGAGCUAGGGAAAAUAGGAACCAAGGAGAAGGAAGAAGUUGGAGAUCUGAGGACAAUGAUCAACAAAGAGGAAACCAUAGAGGAGGAAGAUUUGAACAGUAUGAUGGUAAAGAAAGGAACCAAAGACCACCAAGGGGGCAGGGUUUUAAGGAGAAUGGAAAUUGCUCGAGAGAACCUCAGGGAAGUACAAGAGGAGCAAGGUUUAAGGUAGAAGAUUACCAAAGAGGAGACCAAACAUUUUCGAGAGUGCAGCGCUAUGAAGGGGAUGUUAGUUACCCAGGAAGACCUCAAAGAAGGCCAAGGUUUGAAGUGGAAGGUUAUCAGAUGGGAGAGCAGACGUUUGAAGUACAAGCCCGGGAUGACUCGAGAGAUUUGAAUAUUUGUUUUGAACUUGAACUAUUGGAACGUGAGAAACUUGAGGUACGUCGACUAGAAGCAAAGCUGCAGAGAGUUUUGGGAGAUGCUGGUCCAACCGAGAGUGAAUGCUAUGACGAUUCAAAUGAAGAAUACUAUGAUGACAGAGAUGGUGAGACACACGAAGAGGAAGAUGAUGAGGAGGAGGAAGAGGAUCACCAUCUUGAAGAGCAAUCAAGGCAUGCUGUUAGUGAGUACCCAGUGCCUCCUCAUGUUGAAGCUGCGAUUUUUCGGAGCGAUAAAGAUAUUGAAGUUACAUCCUACCAUUCUGAAGAUGAGAUUGGAUGGAAAUUCAGGAAGGUCCUGGAAAGAUAUAACGAAGAUCCAGAAAACGGUUGGUACGGAACAGAGAAGCCUCAAAGUACUAGUUGCAGUAACGUCAAUCAAUGCAACACAGAUGUUGGAAGGUUAUCUUCAAGACCUACCCAAAAUAGGCCUAGCACUCCACCAUCUAGAGCUAAACCAACCUCUCAAGCUACAGAUGAUCCUGACUACAAAUUCAUCAUCGUAAGCAUGGGCCACCCUGAAAACCCCAUAGGCCGAAGGGUCCAGUUCCGCAAAUUAAGACAAUUUCUACACGAACCAUGGAAAAUCAGAGGCUGGGCUACACUUCCUCUAGAGAAAAGGCAGAUUUAUGGAAUCAAAAAUGUCACUUGGGAUAAAGGAAUAGUGACAAUUAAUUGCAGUAAUCCUCAGACUCGGGAUUGGUUAGUCAGUUCUGUACCUUAUUUGAAGCCUUUUAGAGGAGCUAGUUUGAAGAUUAUUGAGGAAUGGGAGGCGCAGGCUGAUCCUGAAGGAAUAAGAAGGGCAGAUGAAUUUUAUAUAAAACACUUUGCAGAUAUUGGAUCUUCAGUUAGAACGACAGACGAACCUCAACCGAGUACAAGUAGAGGGAUUGAUGAAUAUGACACAAAUAUUGCAGAAUCGUCUUCAAGAAUGAGUGGAGAUCGAUCACUCAGAUUAGGACCAACUCCUCAGACUUCCAAUACAGAUACAGGCCUCAAAGUGACUGUGGUCAGUGAGGGAUACCCAGAGACAAGCAUCGGCAAAAAGAUUCAAUUCGACAAACUCAAAAGAUGCCUGAAAAAACCAUGGAUACUCAAACGCUGGUACAUACUUCCUGAGCACAUCAAGCAAGAGUAUGAUGUUAAAGAUAUAGUUUGGUCUGCAGGCAAAGUUAUAGUCACGUGUGGUAACAUACCUACGCGUGAUUGGUUGAAUAGAUACGUGAGGGAUAUGAAACCAUUCAAGGAUGCUCAGUUGAAGACUUUAGUAGAAGAGGAGGAAAGUUGUAACAGAAGGCCAAAGUUUUCAAGUGAUAGAACAACUCCGUCUGAAAAUAGGCCUCUUGAAUCUCUUCCUAAGGAUAGAUCUUUCGUCAUUAUGACAGACGAACCUCAACCGAGUACAAGUAGAGGGAUUGAUGAAUAUGACACAAAUAUUGCAGAAUCGUCUUCAAGAAUGAGUGGAGAUCGAUCACUCAGAUUAGGACCAACUCCUCAGACUUCCAAUACAGAUACAGGCCUCAAAGUGACUGUGGUCAGUGAGGGAUACCCAGAGACACGCAUCGGCAAAAAGAUUCAAUUCGACAAACUCAAAAGAUGCCUGAAAAAACCAUGGAUACUCAAACGCUGGUACAUACUUCCUGAGCACAUCAAGCAAGAGUAUGAUGUUAAAGAUAUAGUUUGGUCUGCAGGCAAAGUUAUAGUCACGUGUGGUAACAUACCUACGCGUGAUUGGUUGAAUAGAUACGUGAGGGAUAUGAAAUCAUUCAAGGAUGCUCAGUUGAAGACUUUAGUAGAAGAGGGGGAAAGUUGUGACAGAAGGCCAAAGUUUUCAAGUGAUAGAACAACUCCGUCUGAAAAUAGGCCUCUUGAAUCUCUUCCUAAGGAUAGAUCUUUCGUCAUUAUGACAGUUGUUGCAGUAAUUGGGUGAUACCUAGGGAGCGAGGGAGCUAUUGACUUCGACGAGGACUUCAC